UUACGUCUUGCUGUAAACAACUUGCUGGAUGCGUAUGCGUGCGUAGGGACGGUAAUGGAGGAUAGUGAUGUACUCCGGGGGUUAGCAUGAUAUCCUCUCUGUGGUUUUCUACACGCAGCCCUUUUUAUUAACUACAGUGUAUUUGCCACAUAAGGGGACAGCAUUCGGUCUUACCUGGAGCAUUAGAUCAGAGAUGGAUUAAACACCAGCCCUACUUUACAUCCUGGAACAGCAGCAGAAAAAUAAAGCAAAGCCUUUUGUAAAGCCUAGUGUGAAGGAGCUCCUCCUGAGAUCGACAAUGGCUUCAGACGGACUCUCUCAAAACCAUGGCUCCAAGGGAAUCAUGACGUUUUAUCCAACCAAUGAAGAAUUCAAGAACUUUAACCGCUAUGUUGCGUAUAUAGAGUCCAAAGGAGCUCAUAGAGUAGGAUUAGCUAAGAUUGUUCCACCGAAGGAGUGGAAGCCUCGGGCUUCUUAUGAGGACAUAGACGAUUUGGUGAUUCCUGCACCCAUUCAGCAGGUGGUGACCGGCCAGUCGGGCCUUUUCACUCAGUACAACAUACAGAAGAGAGCCAUGACGGUCAAAGAGUUCCGUAGGAUCGCCAAUAGUGACAAGUUCUGCAGUCCACAUUAUGAUGAUUUUGAGGAGCUGGAAAGGAAAUAUUGGAAGAACUUAACCUUUAACCCUCCUCUUUAUGGGGCAGAUGUGAACGGAAGCUUGUAUGAUCCUGAUGUGGAGCAGUGGAAUAUUUGUCGCCUGGGAACCAUUUUGGACACGGUUGAGCGUGACAGCGGUAUAACCAUCGAGGGCGUUAACACUCCUUACCUGUAUUUUGGUAUGUGGAAGACCACCUUUGCAUGGCACACUGAGGACAUGGACCUUUAUAGCAUCAAUUACCUGCACUUUGGAGCGCCCAAAUCAUGGUAUUGUGUUUCCCCAGAGCAUGGAAAGAGACUGGAGCGUCUGGCUAAGGGUUUUUUUCCAGGUAGCUCCCAAAAUUGUGAAGCCUUCUUAAGGCACAAAAUGACUCUAAUUUCUCCUUCGAUUCUAAAGAAAUAUGGCAUCCCAUUUGAAAAGAUCACUCAGGAAGCUGGCGAGUUCAUGAUCACUUUCCCCUACGCCUACCAUGCCGGUUUCAACCACGGUUUCAACUGCGCCGAGUCCACCAACUUUGCUACAGAGAGGUGGAUCGAGUACGGCAAGCAAGCGGUUUUGUGCUCGUGUCGUAAAGAUAUGGUGAAGAUUUCAAUGGAUGUUUUCGUCCGGAAGUACCAGCCGGAUCGCUAUGAGCAGUGGCUGGCGGGGAGAGACACAACCCCCAUCGACCAUUCCCAGCCCACCCCAGAGGCCAAGGAGUUUCUGGGCGAGGUUGGCGGUGAGGAUGGCGAGAGGAAAAGCACACAGCGAAUAGAAGCCAAACGACACUGUGUGUGUUUGGAGCUGCCCGAUGAGGUUGUCCCCAAAGAUGAGGAUGACACAGCGCAGUAUGGGAAGAGGCCCAGACUCAGCCUCAUCCCUCACCGAACUGCUGUACACGAGGGCAAAAGAAACAAAGGGCCGCCAAAGUUGGUUGUCACACCAACAAAGCUUACUCUGAUCGAUCCGUUUCACAGGGGUGUGAGUCAGAGCAACGGUGACGGAGGCCGUCCUCCUCAUUACACCAAGACUCGAGCACCCGCCAUAUCUUCUCAUUCAAGGUCCAGAAACGGACAUCUGUCUGUUUCCGCGGAGCAGAAGUGGUCCGAAACAUCCGCCCAACAUGGGCGCAGUAUGGGCGUGGCCAGCCUGCUCUUCCACAGGACUCUGAGUCCGAAGGACACGCUUCAGGUGCAAAGCUACACGCUGGAAAAGCAGCAGGAUCGUCGCACGCAGCUGCACGUCCACAGCUACGCCAGGGAGCACCAGCCCCGCCAUCCUCAGAGCCAAACCGACACCCCGGUUCAGGCCUUAUCCCCGACAGGCAGCCAUGAGAUGGUGGACGCCAAGCCUCAAGCUCGGGCUCUUCAAACAGCAGAGGGACCUGCUCAGCCAGAGGCGAUCAGGCCACUGCUGCUGGAACACAAAGACGCCAAGCCUGAGAAACUAGAGCUGAUCCAAGGCCCAGUUAUGACCAAGAAAGUUGAAGUUGAUGUCUUUAACAAAUCCACCAUCCCACCGACCCAAACACCAACCCAUGACCUCAGCAAAGGCAGGAUGGAGGCUUCCAGAGUCAAUAAGCGGAAGAGUUUCGAGUGUCCGCUAGCGGAUAGCGCCAUUAUCGUGCUGAAAGACACCAGUCCUGCACAGCAGCAAGAGCAGAUUCAGUUCAAUGUGAUUUCUCCAACUUAUCAUGUGGCAGAGGAGCAGUCUUACUGCAAGUCUGUUUCAAAGAAGCAGGAGCAGGAAGCUCAGCUGUGCAGACUGCCUCGCCACCACCCUCUGAUCAGAGAGGCGUGCAGCGAUGAUGAUCAGGAUGUCAGUGUGGAAGUGGAACAGGAGGAGAAAGAGGAGUGGGCAAAGCCUCUCACCGCUUUGUGGCAGAGUCGGCCUUACAACCCGCAGGCAGAGUGGGAAUACAACAAAACCAUGGGUCAGCGGCCGCCUUACUGCUCCAUUUGUCUGCUCUUCUACACGUACCACCAGUCCGAGUCCGGUGAUGACAACAGUUUGAUGUUGGUGAGCCGCCCAGGAGGCCGCCAGUGGUCCCGGCCGCUGGUCCCAGAGAUGUGUUUCAACACUCACUCCGGCAGAACCAAUGACGGCGGGGAUGGCCAGCUGUCCAAUCCUCAUGUAGCCGAAGACGGGACAAGCCGCCUCAUCAGCUGUGCUCAGUGCUGCGUUCGAGUUCACACAAGUUGCUAUGGCGUUUCUGGAGAAGAAGCAGAGUUGGAUGACUGGCUGUGUGCUCGCUGUGAGGCCAGCGCCAUCACGGAGGAUUGCUGUCUGUGUUCGCUCAGAGGUGGAGCCCUUCAGAGAGCCAACAAUGACAAGUGGGUCCAUGUGCUGUGUGCAAUCACUGUGCUGGAGGCGCGUUUUGUCAACAUCACCAAGCGCAGCCCGAUCGACCUGUCCGCCAUCCCCAUCCCACGUUUCAGACUGAAGUGCGCCUGCUGCAGGAAGCGGAUAAAGAGGGAGGUGAAAGGCUGCUGCGUCCAGUGCUCCCACGGGCGUUGCUCCACGGCGUUUCAUCCUACCUGCGCCCAAGCAGCGGGGAUCCUCAUGCACCCAGACGACUGGCCGUUCGUUGUCUUCAUCACCUGCCACAGGCACAGAGCGCCCGUCAUACCAGAGCGCAACAAAGACUCCCUGAGGGACCUCGCCGAGGGCCAGAAGGUGAUCUGUAAACAUAAAAAUGGCCGUUACUACCACAGCGAAGUAGUGGAGCUGACCACGGCUACGUUCUACGAGGUGGUGUUCGACGACGGCUCAUACAGCGACAACCUCUUCCCAGAAGACAUAGAGAGCCAGGACUGCGUCCGCCUCGGCCCCCCGUCUGAAGGUCAGCACGUCCAGGUGCGCUGGACAGACGGCCUUUUAUACGGAGCCAAGUUCGUAGCGUCGCACUCUGUCCCCAUGUAUAUGGUGGAGUUCGAGGACGGAUCCCAAAUCACAGCGAAGAGGGAAGACAUCUACACCCCGGACGAGGAUUUACCCAAACGAGUCAAGUCACGCAUGUCCGUAGCCUCGGACAUGCGCUUCGAGCUGUUCACGCAGAGCAACGUCAAACAGAACUCCAAGCGUCAGCGAGUCAUCAACUCGCGCUACAGAGAGGACUACAUAGAGCCGGUCAUCUACAGAGCCAUCAUGGAGUGACUCCUUCCAUCACUAUGGAAACGUUAAAGCCUUCAUGUCCUGCGUUUCAUUAGCAAACAGCCGCUCCUCCUCCUCCUCCUCUUCUUCCAAAGCCUCUCAGGCUUCAUAUUUAUAAACUACGGCUGGGACUCAGUGACUCGUGCUUUAAUCCAUCACUCUGCUGUCCGCUCUUAUUUUUCUGUUUUCUCAGGAGGAAGCCAUUAAUCCUAAAUGUCAGCAACAGGUGGGUUAGCUCACCGCCGCGUGCAGCUUUCCCAAUGACGUCGCAGCUGUUUAUUAUUCACCUUUAAGUAUGUUUUGUUUGUUUAAUUCAUGCAUUUUUUCUCUUUUUCAACGGUUUUUGAAAUGAUCACCCUGCAGGAUUUUAUAGAUUAAGGAUUUUUUUUCCCAGACUGAUAGUUCCUCCAUGCUUAGAUUGAUCAAACAAAGCGAACGGGAUGCGGUUUAGGCGCGGCGUCGUUCUUCAGGAAGGUUUUUUCUAAGCCGACUCUCGUUUCUGUCCCGUGGGUUUUUAUAAAUACUGUAAAUAAUAGUGUUACUUUAUUUAUGCAAAAUGCAUCGAAAUUUGAGAAGAGAGCUAUUUUUGUCACAUCCUUUUCACGAGCUAAAGAGACCUUCAGAUGUAUUUAUAUUUAUUAAGCUGAUAGGUUUUCAAUUUUUUAGCCUUUUCUGUCUCAGUGCUGAAACCCGAAGCCGACGAAGACUCGACUCCAGCUCCUCUUCGAACAAAAGCACUUAUUUAGUUUUUGUUUAGAAACUUUUAAUACAUUUCUGUCCCCCUUUAAAACUAAUUUUUAAUUUUUUUUGCCCCUCCGGUGUUUGUGUUUUGAUUUCUCGUGGCUGUGGAGCAUCAGAUUUCAGCUGAUAUGUUAAUUUUUCCUCGUGCAGAAAGGAGAAUGAGAAGUAGGACAGUCUGGCCCCCCCAACGCUUGUUUUAGCUUCACCCUGCCGUCGUCUUUAGAUCCGAGUCCGCCCAGAAGAACGCUUAAAAAAAAAAAUGUAAGCUUAAACUAUUUGAGUAAAGAUUGGGAUAGAAAAAACAAAA